GAGGGACUCCAGACUUUAGGGAUUGUGGUGGUGGUGUGCUCCUCUCUGAAACUUUUGCACUACCUCGGGCUAAUUGACUUUACAGAAAAUGAUAAAAUUGAAGAUGAAUUAGAAAUGACUACAGUGUGUCAUAGACCCGAAGGACUGGAACAGCUUGAAGCACAAACCAAUUUCACUAAAAGAGAACUUCAAGUGCUUUACAGAGGAUUUAAAAAUGAAUGUCCUAGUGGGGUUGUUAAUGAAGAGACAUUCAAACAGAUCUAUGCACAGUUUUUUCCUCAUGGAGAUGCUAGCAUGUAUGCACAUUAUCUCUUUAAUGCAUUUGACACUGCACAAAAUGGCUCGGUGAAGUUUGAGGAUUUUGUGAUGGCAUUGUCCAUUCUGUUGCGGGGAACUGUUCAUGAAAAGUUAAGAUGGACGUUUAAUCUGUACGACAUAAAUAAGGAUGGCUAUAUAAACAAGGAGGAAAUGAUGGAUAUUGUAAAGGCAAUUUAUGAUAUGAUGGGAAAGUACACGUAUCCAGUGCUCAAGGAAGAUGCUCCAAGGCAGCAUGUAGAAGUAUUCUUCCAGAAAAUGGAUAAAAACAAAGAUGGUGUUGUAACUUUAGAUGAGUUUAUUGAAUCGUGUCAGGAGGAUGACAAUAUCAUGCGAUCCUUACAGCUCUUUGAGAACGUGAUGUAACCGUGUCUGAAGAGUGCUGCAGGAGCCAGAGACUUUCUGUGUAACAAAGACCUCCUUUCUGGGUGGAAGCUUUUUACAAUUCAGCCAUGUUCAGUGUGUGAGGAUUUUGUAUGACAUCUCCAACCAAAUGGCAACCGAAUGCGACUGAUCCCACCUCUUCUCCCCAAGAGAUGCCGGUGGACCUUUGUUUCAUUUUGGAAGCAUGUGAAUAUUUUAAUAAAUCCUGACGAGAG